AUGAAGCUUUAUGGGCUUGGAGUCCUGGUAGCCAUCCUCCUCUGUGAGCAGCAUGGCUUCGCCUUUCAGAGUGGCCAGGUUUUAUCUGCUCUUCCCAGAACCUCUAGGCAAGUUCAAGUUCUUCAGAAUGUUACUACAACCUAUGAGGUCGUUCUCUGGCAGCCAGUGACCGCUGAAUUCAUUGAAAAGAAAAAAGAAGUCCAUUUUUUUGUGAACGCGUCAGAUGUGGACAGUGUGAAAGCCCAUUUAAAUGUGAGCAGAAUUCCAUUUAGCAUCCUGAUGAAGGAUGUGGAGGACCUAAUUCGGCAGCAGACCUCCAAUGACACCGUCAGCCCCCGAGCCUCCUCAUCAUACUACGAGCAGUAUCACUCGCUAAAUGAAAUCUAUUCCUGGAUAGAUGUUAUAACAGAACGAUAUCCUGACAUCCUCCAAAAAAUCUACAUUGGCUCAUCCUAUGAGAAGUACCCACUUUAUGUUUUAAAGGUUUCAGGAGAGAAAAAACCGACCAAAAAUGCCAUAUGGAUUGACUGUGGAAUUCAUGCCAGAGAGUGGAUCUCACCUGCUUUCUGCUUGUGGUUCGUAGGCUAUGUAACCCAGUUCUACGGGAAAGAAAAGCUGUAUACCAGUCUUCUGCGGCACGUGGAUUUCUACAUCAUGCCAGUGAUGAAUGUGGAUGGCUACGACUACACAUGGAAAACGAACCGAAUGUGGAGAAAGAACCGUUCUGUCCACAAGAACAACCGAUGUGUGGGCACAGACCUGAACAGGAACUUCGCUUCCAAACACUGGUGUGAGGAAGGUGCAUCGAGUUUCUCCUGCUCUGAAACCUACUGUGGACCCUAUCCGGAGUCGGAGCCAGAGGUGAAGGCAGUGGCCGACUUCCUGAGAAGGAAUAUCAACCACAUCAAAGCUUACAUCAGCAUGCACUCAUACUCCCAACAAAUACUGUUUCCCUAUUCCUAUAACAGGAGCAAAAGCAGGGACCAUGAGGAGCUGUCUCUGGUGGCCAGUGAAGCAGCUCAUGCGAUUGGAAUCAUUAGUAAAAACACCAGGUAUACAUAUGGCAGUGGCUCAGAAAGUUUAUACCUAGCUCCUGGAGGUUCUGACGAUUGGAUCUAUGAUUUGGGCAUCAAAUACUCAUUUACGAUUGAACUUCGAGAUAAAGGCAGAUACGGAUUUUUGCUACCUGAGAGAUACAUCAAGCCCACUUGUGCAGAAGCUCUGGCUGCAGUCUCCAAAAUAGCUUGGCAUGUCAUCAGGAACGUUUAAUGCCCUUGCCUCUGCUCCGUUUAAUCUCAGCAACACUCAAUUGUGAACUAGCUUUCUAAGUUUAAUCAGUUUCUUUGGUUUUUGUCAAAGAAUAAAAUACAUAACACUUUGA